CUUCUCUGCAGUCCUCUUUUCAUCUAACAUCUAUUUCCUUUUAUCCAAUCCAAUCGAAUUGAAAAAUUCGUAAAAUACUAUAUCGUACCUGACGUACCUGCCUUUGAUUGUUCUGAAAAACGAAUAACAAAGAAAAUCCUCGACAACUUUGUAAAGCUUUACUUGGAAUAUAGAUUGCUUCUUACUUGUCUGGUGGGUACUUGGAUACUUUUAAGAUCAUUUACACCUUUCAAUUGAUAGAUUCCAUAAGGAUAUAAUCAACAAGAUGGCUUCCAUGAAACCAAUCUUUUGUGCUACCCACCCAAGAGCAUGCUCUACCGCAUUCGAAAGAGUAAGCACCAUUACGUUCUGCAGCUCUUUCCAUGAAAUAACUAACCUAUUUAUAGGUCUUCAUGACUCGCGAUGAUGUUCUCGCCUGUGUUCACGAACCCUUCGGAGAUGCAUUCUACUUCGGUCCCGAGAGACUUAGCCCGAGAUAUGAGAAUGACGAAUCCGCUCGUCAGGAGAGUGGUUUCGCAGAUAGCACAUAUAAGAAAGUCUUUGAGAGAAUUGAGAAAGAAGGGAAAGAGGUUAGGAUUAGAUUCACUUUCACUGUUUCUCCUUUAGAUAAAUUGAGUCCUGCUGUUUUGCGGAACCCUCGAAAUUGGAUUGGGCCAUGAGACGAGUGUCUAAUUUUGCGGACUCUGCCUCUGCUAUUUGAUCCCAAGACCUUUUUGCACCAACAUUACCAAGGUUGUGGACCUACCUACCAUGGUUCAAGUUCUUUUUUAAUCCGAAUCAUUUUCAUGAAAGUAACCAUUCAUGCAACUGAAUCCAUAUUUAUGCGUGCAUCAUUAGCUUAUACAAAAUAGGGAAAGCGUCUUUUCAUCAAAGAUAUCAUUCACUAUCUCGUACCUCCUCAAGGCAAACCAGCAACGAUUGCGCCAUCGCUCGUUGGUAAAAGUGUCAAGAAGGGAGUAGGAACCAAUGGCGAAACAAAUGGGACAAACGGAGUAUCAAAUGGUGAAACCAACGGUCACCACACCAAUGGUCACACCAACGGUCACACCAACGGUCACACCAACGGUCAAACUAAUGGCCAUACAAACGGGACCAGCAAAAAAGCUCCCUUUCCCUACGACACUGCCGCCGAACCCGGAAACCCUACCGUCGUCCCCGCCGAAAUCCUCAAACAAUUCCACUUCACCUUCCUCAUCCGUCACCCCCGCUCCAGCAUACCCUCCUACUUCCGCUGCACCAUCCCUCCUCUCGACAAAGUAACGGGUUUCUACGAUUUCAUGCCCCAAGAAGCAGGCUACGACGAACUCCGCCGCGUUUUCGAUUUCCUCCGCUCAAAAAAUCAAGUUGGUCCCUCGCUAGCCCAAACCCCUGGUUCCGCCUCGGAAAAUUUAAAGGAUGGAGAAGUAAGUAUUACGGUUAUUGAUGCAGAUGAUUUAUUGGAUAAUCCAGAGGGCAUCAUCAAGGCGUAUUGUAAAGAGGUGGGUAUGGAAUAUGAUCCUAAUAUGUUGAUUUGGGAUACCGAGGAACAUCAUCGUAAAGCUAGGAAAGCUUUUGAGAAGUGGAGAGGCUUUCAUGAUGAUGCGAUUAAUAGUACGAGUUUGAAGGCUAGGAGUGCGGAAAAGGUGAGUUUUUUCGGGUUUUCUUCGUUUCCUAUUAUCGCUCUUCCUUGAUGCACAUACAUAUCCGCUCCUCUGUGUCAGAACUACAUACUGGGAAGGUGUAGGAUGAAGAGGAAGGGAUAUCAAUAUCCAUCAUAUCGUAUCACAUCAUACCCUAACAUAUCAUACCCCAUCACAACACAACCAAAGGAAUCAAGAAAUCAAAAAACCAAAGAAUUCAAAAACUAACACCGCAAAAACAGAAAAAGAAACUCAAAACUCCAGCCCAAGAAAAUGAAGAAUGGACCCAGAAAUAUGGUCCCGAAGCAGCGGAUCUUAUUAGACGUACUGUUGAUGCUAAUGUAGAGGAUUAUGAGUAUUUGAAAAGUUUCGCUGUUAGGGUUUAGGUUGAGAUUUUGGUUUGGGGUUGGACUGGGAUUUGGAUUGGGAUUGGGGAAAGAAAAUGGAAGAGACAGGUUUGGUCAUGAUGGGAAUUUAUAGAGGAGGUGAUGCGAGGUGCUGUGAUGAGAUUUUCCUUGCAUUUGGCGAAUGAGAUGGGAUCUGAUGGGAUGCGAUAGGAUAGGCUGAGUUUUAUAUAUUGAAGGAUGGGUUGGGUGGUUUAGGUGGGAUGGGACAGUUGAUUUCAAUAUGAAUAUAGAUGAUAGAAUAUUUCUCCAUUUCUC